GGUUGCUGUGAUUUCCUCAUUCUUGAUUAAACAAGGGCUGAAGGAGUGGAAUAUUUUCACAGCUUUGGAAAAGCAUAGGCUUGCCUUUUAAGGGAUUUUUCAAAAAAGUGUUCAAGUGUUUAGGCUUAUGUAUGCAGGCCUCGUCAAGAAGAUACAAGAAACACAGAAUGGGGAGCCAUUAACGUCCACAUUUACCAUGGCUAUCUUCCUCAUGGACAACACCACCGAACCAGGUAAUGUGGAUAAAGCCAGUAACAGGUCUGGACCGACUGAUGUUGAGCGAGUACUUGUACCCAUUCUGGACACCUUCAUCCUGGUGACAGGGGUCGUGGGACACGUCCUGGUCAUCAUCAUCAUCUGCCGGAUGCUGAAGAGAGGGUGCAGGCAGACGAAUGGCGCUACAACAGGAGGGCUCCAACAAGCAAACCGCAACGGGACGGACAUUCUCCUCCUAUCGUUAAGUGUGGCGGAUCUCCUCCUUCUCUCCUGCAUCCCGUACCAAACGGUCGCCAUCGCCACGUAUCACUGGCCAUUUGGCGACUUCAUGUGCAAAGCUGUAAGCUUCUUAGGAGCCAUGUGCACCUCUGCUAGCGCCUUCACACUUGCUGCCCUGGCCUUCAGCCGCUACAUUACAGUGGUUCAUCCCACCAAGGCAUACCGCUGGCGCAGGGAUGGGCGUAUAAAAGUGGCCACGGGGGUUCUGUGGUUGCCAGCCAUUGUGUUGGCAAGUCCUCAGUUUGCUUGGAGGACCCUAGUGCCUGGGACUGAAACACACGAGGCCCUAGAGGACCUGAUAUGUUUCAACUUCUUGUCAGAUACGGGCCAGCUAGCAUACAGUGUUUGCCAUUUUUUGUUUGCAUUCGCUUUCCCACUAGUGGUCAUCGUGGUAGCUUAUGGGAACAUCUACCGCUUCCUGAGAAAGGCCAGACAAGGCCGGACGAGCCAUACCGACCGUCUGGAACACUAUCAGACACAAGUGACCCACACGUCUGUUUUGCUAGUGCUGGCUUUCGCACUCUGCUGGCUGCCCUCUUACGGCCUGAUGUUUGCCCAACUUGCAUAUCAGCCGGGGAACUUGUCGCAUUAUGGACCUUUCGACACCUUCGCCCGGGUCAUGGCCAUUUCUUCUACUGUUGUGAACCCCAUCCUGUAUGUCUUCAUGUCGCAUAAGUUCAGGAAGGAACUCAAGGAACUCAUAGGCAGAAAAAGCUGUGGAGAGCAACCUUCUUAAAAAGAUCACUAUUACUGUAAUUAUUGCUUAUUUGUCUUCCACAAAAAUGAGCUUAUUUCAAGGUACAUGAUGUGUCCUGUCAAAAUUUCUACAUAAUUAAAAGGUUAAGAUGUAAACACCACCGUUCAGAGUGGUUUGGUGUGAAAUGACCCAUUCUAGAGAAACUCGCCAAGUCAGAACUGUUCACAGUGGUGGUGAUAGGAACCAGAUGUCCACCUCUAAAAACUCCCCUCACAGAAAGUUAUUACAUGAAAUGGUUAUGAAUGUACUGCCUGACGUCUGAGACACUAAUUUUUGAGAGUUUUGAGAAAUUUUCAUCUAAAAUGUACUUUUAAACUCUUAAAUUCAUGGUGGAGGGAUACAUGUAGGGCAUUGUGAGACAAAAUAGUCCCCAAAGAAAACUAUAUAAAACUCAGAAGACUUGUGUAGGUUCACUGGUGUUUUUUCAUAGUGAAUAAAAUUUCGGUAUUUGUGUUGUAGUCAUGCCAACCCCUGGUUCUAAUCACCACCACUGUGAAGAACCACUGAAUGUCCUUACGCACUUAUAGAUAGAGAGCCUUCACAUUAUGAAUGCUUCACACCUUUAGCAGGUUUUUCCACACAGACAAAUUUUGUUCCAUUCAAAUAUGGUUCUUUAGGGCAACCAAAAGCUGUUCUUCUAUGGCAUAGCUCAAAGAACGCUUUGUGGCACCUUUGUUUUUAAGAGUGUAAUGAGAAUCAGCACUUUCUUUACCUUUAACAUGUUUUGAGCUCAUACCAUGUACAACUAAAGUUUCUGCACUUCAGAAAAAGGUUGCGUUCUCAUCAGCUUACAAAGAAUGUGUACUGUGUACAAGUCACAUCUCCAAAAUGUGCAACAUUGUAGGCACACCGAAAGACAAACCUGGUGUUCAGCAAGGCUUAAAGGGCCCAAAUCAUUGGAAUGUAAAGGAGUUUAAUGUAAAAUGUAAACUAUGUUAAGGAUUUAUAAUGUACCACUCACUCUCCAGGUCAUGCACUCCAUAUAUGGAAAUAUUUUGAAUUCAUUGUUUCUGUGAUGUCACGAGAUCUGAGUCAUUUUACAUAGAUCCAGGGUGUGAAAUACCUCCUGGUAUUCAGGGGUCCCAUGGCUGCCUGCUAACUCUCACCAUAGCAGCGCUGAUGUUUUAAUGCCAAUGAAAUGUUUAACGGUUAUUCUGGAAAUGUUCUGUUCUAGUUUGUUGAUGUACUCUCCCUCACAUUCACUGAGAUCUUACUCAUCCCCUCUUCUGUCUUCAGUUUGAGAAAUGAGUAAUAUUGCAUUAAUUUCACCAGUCUCUCUGAAAUUUGGCAAGUUUUCAGACUUAAACAUAAAAUAAAUAAAUAAAAUGAAGUUCACUGAUUGUGCAACGAACCAACCAGCUUUCCCUGAAUUUAUAUUUGAGCAUUUAUUUUUCUCCUAACAGACAGCAUGCAAUAAUAAUAAUAAUAUAAACAAUAAAUAAAGCCCAAACUUUUGGUAACACUUUAUUUGGAAUGGUCCUUUUUAGAUAAUUAAUAAGCUUUUAACAGAUUAUCAGUAACACAUCGACAACAUAUCGGCGAAGCAACAGUAGAGAAACAUCCAUAUACACUGAUAGAUAUUCUGUUGAUACAUUACUUACAUUAAGAAGAUGUAUUGUUACUAUGUUACUUCCAUU